UCGUUGGGUUUGUUACAUGGCACAACAUUUAUCGUAAUAUGUAAACUCUUUGACCAAAAGAAUAAUGGAGUUAUUUUCCAGGUAAGAUAUUCGUGUUGAAUGAUGGAAGUUCACAAUCCAGCCUCUCUCCCCCUGCGUUUAUACUUAACAGAAUUAACAACCCAAACUUCUUUAAUUUAUCAGAAAAAACUCCCAAUAUACAAGAAGAUAACACAGAGAAAAAAAUAAAAAACUCAAAAAUGGGGUCUCUUCCACCAUCAUCAUUAUCGUUGGACCAUUGCUCUAAAGAAUCCUCAAUAGACUCAACCCAUCUUCUUAACCUCUUCAAAUCCCAACAAAAUUACGUCGAUCAAUCACUUCUUCCAAAAUUUGGAUCUCUCUCAAAAUCUAACCUUCACCUAGACUCUCCUCAAUUCCAAAGGCACAAUUGUUUGGAAAAUCAGUCUAAGAAAAUCUCACAAACCUUCAUUUCUCUUGGAAUAAAUAUCUUGGGUGGUUUUUAUCCGUUGCGGAUGCACGCACUUCAUGGAGAUACAGGAAUCUUAGGUUCUAAUUAUGUUUGGACGUUAUGUUCAGCAAGAGCGAGAAUACAGAAGAAUUGUUAAGGCUUGUGCCUUGUGCUAAGGCUAAAGGGGUGUAUUUGAUUUGUGUGACUUGUGUAAUUGAUGGGGUUGUGUGAUAUGAAUGUGCAUUUGCCUCGGGAAAGAGAAAUGUGGUGUCCUUUUGAUUUGGAACCCGUGACAUCUACUGCUAUUCAGAUGGGGACCAGGAAUUCUAGCAGAGAAAGGUUUGUCGUGAAUCACCCUGCUGGGAGGAUCGGGAAAAGCUUCAUCUUUAAGGAUCUGAGACAGGUGCAUCAAGCGGUCCUACCGGCGCGCAUCUCAGAUAUCCCGAUGCUUAGUGGUGAGCUGCUUUCUGAGCCGUUCUGCAGCUCCUAGAGCCUCUCCUUUGUAUUUGUAUUAUGUCUAUUUCAUGUUCAAAUAUUUGUUGAGUUUUGUAUAAUCUACUAAAUGCUCAUACACUUGUGAC